AACAGUAUUUUAUUCUCACUAGCAAUGGCUGCUUCUCUUCACCCAAGCAACGUACGCCUUUUAUCACCGUUUCACUCCUACUUCGUAUAAACAUCGAAAUUUGAACUUUUACCUGCGCUUUCCGUCUUCAUUUUCCUGUAGUUUUAGGGUUUUAACUCACCGAGGCAGCGGGCAUGGAGUUUGCUCCUCCUCGAGUAUUAGUAAAGCGAGUAAUGCUAAUAAUACGGAGACAGACAAGUGAGAAGGUUGCUGUUCAACAAGAGAAAGAGAACGACAACGAACGUCCUCCUUUUGAUAUCAAUCUCGCUGUCGUUCUUGCUGGUUUCGCUUUCGAAGCCUAUACCAGUCCCCCUAAAAAUGUAGGGAAGUGGGAGGCUGAUGCUGCAGGUUGUAAGAUUGUGCAUCUCUCAGAGGAAGAAGCAAUCCUUAUGUGGUUAUGGAACUGGAUGGACAGGUUGUCAAAAGCAAGGUCAAAUGGGGGAAAAAGGAGCCAACUUGGGACAAGGACUUCACUAUUAACGUUAAGCUGCCUCUGGCCAAAAAUCUUCAGGUUGCAGCUUGGGAUGCAAACCUUGUAACUCCACAUAAGCGCAUGGAUAACACAGGCAUUAGUCUGGAAUGAUUAUGUGACGGAAACUUGCACGAGGUGCUGAUCAAUCUGGAAGGGAUGGGCGGUGGAUGGGUGGCGGUUGCAGUUAGAGGUAAGUUCUUGC